AUGCCACUCGUUGCGCAGAAUCCCAAGGAGCGAGUCAUCCUCGGCUUAAUGACCUUUGGCCCUGACGCUUCCUUCGGAGCUCGCAUCACCGACUUCAACGACUACACAAGAUGCCUCGACUACUUCCAGUCCCAAGGCUACAACGAAGUCGACACCGCCCGCACCUACGUCGGCGGCAAGCAGGAAGCCUGGACCCGCAACGCCAAAUGGCAAGAUCGAGGACUAACCCUCGCCACCAAAGUAUAUCCCUACGAGCCCGGUAUCCAUAGGCCCGAUCGUCUGAAGGAGCACGCCUGGACCAGCUUCAAGGAGCUGGGGACAGACGCCGUCGAUAUCUUCUAUCUGCAUGCCCCGGACCACUCGGUGCCGUUUGAGGAGACGCUCGAGGCCGUCAAUGAGUUGCAUAGGCAGGGCAAGUUUGUGCAGCUUGGCCUGAGUAAUUUUGCGGCCUGGGAGGUGGCCGAGGUGUGGAACAUCUGCAGGGAGAGGGGGUGGGUGAAGCCCACCAUUUAUCAGGCAAUGUAUAAUGCCAUCACGCGCUCCAUUGAGGCGGAGCUGAUUCCCUGCUGCCGAAAAUACAACAUCGACAUUGUUGUCUACAACCCCCUCGCCGGCGGCAUCUUCUCAGGCAAGAUCAAAUCCAAGGACAUGGUCCCGGACGAAGGCCGCUUCUCCAACAAGGCCGAGAGCGUAGGGGCCAUGUAUCGAGAGCGAUACUUCAAGGAUUCGACGUUCGAGGCGCUCCGACUGAUCGAACCUGUGGCCGAGAAGCAUGCUCUGAGCCUCGUCGAAAUCGCACUGCGAUGGUGCAUUCACCAUUCUGCUCUCAAGACAAGGGCAAAGGGAGGCAACGACGGCGUCAUCAUUGGCGCGUCGAGUUUCGAGCAGCUGGAGAGUAAUCUGAAGGAUCUGGAGAAGGGACCUCUGCCAGACGAGGUGGUCAAGGUCCUGGACGAGGCUUGGCUCCUUGCGAAGCCUACCACGCCAAACUAUUUCCGUUGA